UAAUGAUAAACAAUCAUUUAUCGGUAACAUGACAUAUUUUAUCGAAAAACAUACACAUCCACAUAAGCAUAAACAUUUCAAUUAAUUGAGCUUAUUUAGCUGUUUUCCUUAUCCUUAUUUGAAUGCCAUUAAUUGAUGAAAACGACAAAAAUGUUUUCAAAAUCAAAAUAUUUUAUGAUUUACAUUUCAUUGUUUAUGAUUCUUUUUGUAAAGAUAAAUUAUGCCAACAUUGAAUGUCAACGUAGAUACUAUGACCAAGAUUCGUUUGUCUGUGUAUGUAAUGAAAAAACUUGUGACACAUUUGAUCAAUUGAAAAAAACACCAAUCGGAGUUGUUCAGGUGUAUGAAACAAGUCGUGAUGGCUUUCGAUUUCAAUCAAGUCAUAUAAAUUUUACCAAUGAUGACAAUAUUCUGUCCAACAAUGAUGAUCACAUUCGAAUCAAUGUGGAUAAAACAAAAAAAUAUCAGAAAAUUAUCGGUUUCGGUGGUGCAUUCACUGAUGCUACUGGUUUGAAUAUCGCUACACUCUCGGAGAAACUUCAAUCCAAAUUAAUUGAAAAUUAUUUUGGAUCUAAUGGGAUCGAAUACACACUUGGUCGUAUACCUAUUGGUGGUUCGGAUUUUUCUUCUCGUCCAUACACUUAUGAUGAUUACAAUGAUGAUGAUACUUUGUCAAAAUUUAGCUUACAAAUGGAAGAUCAUCAGUUCAAGAUUCCAUAUUUGAAAAUGGCACAAAAAAUUAGCCCCAAUAAAUUAUAUUAUUAUGGAAGUCCAUGGAGUUCUCCGCGUUGGAUGAAGACAAACAAUGAUAUUAGACAUGGUGGCCUGCUCAAAGGCCAACCAGGAGGAAAAUAUUAUCAACUUUUUGCACGAUACAUUGUACGAUUUCUCCAAGAAUAUGAGAAGCAAAAUAUUUCAAUGUGGGGAAUAACCAUUGAAAAUGAACCAGCUGCCGGUUUUGAUUCUCAUUAUCAAUGGAAUUGUUUGGGAUUCAAUUCAUCAUUGGAACGAGAUUUUAUAAAGCUUGAUCUCGGUCCUGAACUAUAUCGAAAUGGCUAUACCAAAAAUAAAUUAGCUGUCAUGAUUUACGAUGAUCAAAUGCCACAGAUGAAAACAUUUACGGAAACAGUAAUGUCCGAUGAAGAAGCUGCCAAAUAUGUGUCGGGUGUUGCUUUUCAUUGGUAUCACAAUGAUGAAGCUGACCGGCGUGAUAUGGAUAAAUUGAAUGCGCAAUUUCCAACCAUUUUUCUUCUGGCAACGGAAGCAUGUGAAGAGUGGAAAAAUUAUCCAAAAAAAGUCCACCUUGGAAGCUGGCAUCUAAUGAAUCGCUAUGCUAACAACAUCAUACAAGAUUUGAACCAUUAUGCAACUGGAUGGACCGACUGGAACCUGGCAUUAGAUUUAAAAGGUGGUCCAAAUUGGGUUGGCAAUAUGGUUGAUGCUCCGAUAAUAAUCAAUGCAACGGCAAAUGAAUUUUACAAACAGCCAUCAUUCUAUGCUAUGGGCCAUUUUAGUAAAUUUUUGCCACCAAAUUCAACACGAAUUAAUUUUAAAAUCGAAUCAAAUCAUGUACACGCUAUCGAUGCUACAACAUUUUUGAGACCAGAUGGAUCUUUAGUGAUGGUUUUAUUGAAUAGUAAUCAACAAACAAUUCCCAUUCAAGUGUAUGACCCAGAACGAGGACAUUUUCAAUUAGUAAUGAAAUCCGAAUCAAUUGCCACUCUUCUUUGGUACUAAGAUGAUAGAUUGAUUAUGCAUUUUAUAUUUGACAAUCUUUUGUUCUUUGAAUGAAUAUUGACGUGAUCGGUACAAAAAACUAAAUGAAUAAAUAAUUAAAUAAAAAAA